GCGGACGUGGCGCCCGUAAGCGUUCCUUGCUGAGGCGCUUUCUGCCAGAAACAAGGAUGGCGGCCGGGGUGGGUGGGAAGCGGCCUAACCAAGAGGGUGGAGCAAAUGGAGCAGGAACUGACGGUUUGUUUUUCCGGAAGUGGCUGUCAGGGAGAAUGGAGUUAGGGGGCUGCAGGGUGAGGGAGGCCUUCCCCGCAGUGGGGCAGGGCUGGCCAGGCUCCUCGGAGAAGGGCAGGCUUGGGGGGAGGGUUGGGUUUCCCCUCUCUCGGAGAGCUCACAUUUAUCCCCCAGGAGCGGAGCGGGAGGGUCUCUUUCCUCCUCUUGAGCGCAGUGGGAGGUUGGUAGAGCGGCUCUCUCGUCCCCUCAGCUGGAUAAUUAGUGGGGAGAAGCGGAAUCUGAUUCCCUUCCUGGGUGGAAGUUCCUAAAAGGCCUUUGCUCUGAGUUGUCUUUAUAAAGUCGCCCUUCCUCUUACUUUAGUGUUUAUUGAGGGGGCCAUAAAGUAUGUUCCAGCGGCCUUAGUUUGAGGCAGGGCUUCCCUUCCCCAGCUGCAUUCUACAGAGGUGAGUGGGGAUUCCAGUGAACCUGCUUCUUGCGCUGACCUCCUGUUUUUUCUUGUCCUCCUUCAGGUUGCAUUUGAGAAGGAUGGUGUCUAUUUACACACCAGCGCAAAGCGUCAUCCUGACCAGGAUUCCCUGAUUCCGGGGGUUAUCCGCAUAAUCGAGAAGGUUGGUUGAGGUGGGAUACAGGUGGGAGUUGGAAAAGGGAUGAGGGAAGGGUUGUGCACCCAAGAUAGGAAAAAGGUCAGUGCAUGUGGUGUGGGGUGGUAGAAUUUGGUCGGUAUAGAUUUCAGCAUUCUGAGUACAUCAGGCUUUGAUUUUAAAGAGUGUUCCUAGCACUCGUGAUUUCAGAAGUAGGCUUGAAAAACUGUAAGCUGUGCCUGGUGACAUUGUGAAAAGGUGUAGGCAGUACCUGGUGACAUCUUGGAAUAUAGUGUGGGUGUAGGCUUGAACAGAUUUUCCACUAAUUGGGGAUGAGUCACUUUCGUAGGAGAAGGAAGAGGUAUACAGAGGUGGCAAUCCUUUGUGCUCGAUAUAGUUUCUUAUUCUUCCCUGAGGCUUGGAGAAUCAGUAAUGCUAUUUGACUUUCCUUAAACUUAUAUCAUCUAGGUGAUCAAAUUCAGAUUGCUUUGUUACAGCAUCUGGAUUGUUUUAGUAAAGUGUGUGUACACAGUUAUGGAUAUCUUUUUCAUGACACUCUCGUGAGACUGUCUUUCUCCAUUUACUCAGGGCUCGGAUACUUUGCUACAAUGGACACCCAUAGAAGAGUCAUCAGAUGCUGCUCAGAUCACAUAUACCAAGAAGGUGAGGCCCUCUUUCUUGCUGGUAUAAACUUCUACUGGUAUAUUAAAUCUUCAUCACAUUGUGUCCUAAUAACUUGAGUAAUAAAACAUCGUCUAAAUAAAACAUUAAUUAGACUAGUGAUUCAUUAAAAAGUUUUGCCUGUAAUGGGAACUGGUGUUUUAGUUUCCUUGUUCUUUUCAUAUCACAUUGCCAUAGCAGAUUUUUAAAUUGGUUUCUGGGGGAAAGAGCUGUAGGACUGUGGAGCAGCUGCUGAGACUGCUCCACCAUUUGAGUUGGUGUAGUUAGAUAGUUGUCUUGGGCUUCAUUCCCAUUAACCAGGACACAAAGCUGCAAAUGUUAUUCAGGAAUGUGCCUUUACUGCUUUAUGAUUUGCACACAGGGGUCUAUUCCCUGCUUUCUCCACCCCACCCCCUCUCUAGGAGGAUCGUGGAGAAUGAAGUGAUGAGGAUAUGCCAGCUCUCUGCUGCUCUAUUUUCUAGAAAGCAUGCCAUCUUUUCCCCCUCUGUUGAUCAGAGCCAGUCCUGGAAAUGGUAGCACAGAAAAAGUAUCCUGUGAUAUAGUUAGACCAGCAGAAAUGUUGGACAUUUGAAACUGCUUUAUAUUGAGUCAAACAACUGGCUCAGGGCUGCCCACUACAAUUGGCAGUGGCUCUCCAAAGCAUCAGACGGAGAUCUUUCUCAGUCCUCCUGCACUAGAUCUCUUUAAUUGGAAAUGCCAGGGACUGAGACUUUCUGUAUGCAAAGUAUUACUAAUUCUUAUGUUUUAAGACAGAAACACCCUAAGGAAGCGCUUAUAUCUUUAGAUGCUCAUUUAUGGUUUUGUUCAGGAUGGGGAAUGAUCUUCUAUACUGUUUCCCAUUCUCUUUACAUAUAACAGUGCAUUAUUAUUUUUCCUAACAAGGAGGACUGUGUUUAGCGAAUCCUGUAUUUCUCAUCCUAGGAAGUAGCCCCUCCAUUGUGAUGCAGAAAGGGAGCAGGGCAAUUUCAGGUCUGUUAAUGUUCAUAAAGACAGGAAUGUACUUCUGUUUAAAGAGGAGUCUGUUCUUCCACACUCAAAUUCCUCUCAGUGAGACCAAGAGUUCAACGUGUAUUCCAUUUAAUUCAUAAUUUGUGUGAGCACCUCCUUGAAGAUCAUGAUGAAAUAUAAGGAAUUGGGUAGCUUCUGAAAGCCCUGAUCUCUCUUUCCAUUUUCCAGGACCCAGUGGGCUGCCAGACUGAAGAAGAAAUCUUUGAUCCGGGGUAUGAACCGGACUGGGCUGUGAUCAGUACAGUGGGGACCCGGGCUCGGACUCAAGAGGAAACAAAUGGUAAUCAAAAAGAUGACGGGGAUGUUUGCCCCUUGGUAUACUUAAGUGGCAUAGUACAGGGAUUGUUGGUAAAGAUGCAACAAGGGAUACAGGAUGGAGGUAGGGGAGAAGAAGUAGCUGGCAAAUGUGGGAUAUUCUUUUCUGGUUCUCUUGACAUCAUCCCUUUUAUAUUUGUGCUUGGCUUUCCCCUCUCCAGUAGCUUCCGGGCCCAAAUCUCCGGUCCCACGUGGUCAGUGGGCCUUCUCCCUCAGCUUGUCUGAGCUGAAAUCUAUCCGCAAGAGCAAGCCAGGUUUGGGCUGGUCAUACCUCAUCUUCAUCACCAAAGACGGCAUCUCCAUUCAAGCCCUGCACUUCCACCGUGGAGGCACCAAAGCCCUGCUCAAGGCCCUCUGCAAAUACGUUAUCUUAGCCACGUGAGUGAGGGUGGUGCCGGGUACCUUAUUUGUUCAAAAGAUAAAGCGGUGGAAGUAAAGAGAAAGCUCUUAAGUCAGAUGUGGAAGGUGCUGCCCAACUAGCCUUCAACUUCUGGGCUGCAUUACUCAGGAUUGAGGCAGUCAGUUUGCACGAACUUGGAGGCAGGGAGCACUUUCCCCAGCACUGCAGAUUAAAGAAGAAAAAUAAUACAUACAAUACUCAGUUCUGAACUGAAAAACCAUAAUAGUAAAUUAGUUGGACUCAGACUGGCGUAAAAUGUUUUCACAAUUGCUUUUUAAAAGCAACAAUGAUGAGGCCUUCCUUAGGGAGGGGAUGUGAUGUGUAGAGCCAUCACUGAAAAGGCCCUGCCCAUGGUGCUCAUUCACUCAUGGACCUGAAAGGAGGGUCUCUGAUUUCGCUAAUUUUGCAGCUUGUCCAGGUGCCAGUGGUCCUUCAGAUAACCUAACAGUGUCUGGAAGGCAAUAAACUCACUCUGGUUUCUCUUCUCGCCUUGCAGCUCCCCCAAAGAUUCCCGCCUCUACUUGGUUUACACACACGAUUCGUACGCCCUCUCCCACUCCUUCGAUGAGCUUCAACUCUUCGAUGACAGCUCUUCCAACCUUGUGUCGGUGAGGCCCUUCUCCAAAAUGCUCUGCAACUGUGACUUAAGUUCUAGUUCAGUGGUUCUCAAUUAGCAAAGUACUGCGGACCCCCUGUUUUUGAAAAGCCAAGUUAUGGAACCCCCUACUUCUGAAAAUGUUGAUAUCUCUCUGGUAGUUUUGUUAUGUGAAUGGUGCCACCAUACCCUCCAACAUGUCCCAGUGCAAAAACAGAGACGCGUGUCUUCCAGGCCAUGCUCCUGCAUGAGUCAUGUGACCCGCAUGAGAGCACGACUCCCCAAAACAGGAUGGAUAUGUGCCAUGGACCUCCUGGUCGGGGGUCCGCAGACCGCUAAUUGGGAACCACUGUUGUAGAGGAUUAGAAUGCAGAGAGGCUGUGUUUGUGUGGCCUGGCUCUGUGGGAGAAAUCUAAAGACUUGUGGCAGUGGGAUUAUGUGGGAAGGGACAAAAGCUAUAAACAGGGAGACUUGUCUGUUGUAGGUGCUGACACUGGUUAGAGCAGGGAGUUAUGGGAACAUGGGCUCCUGGGUUUCCUUGAAUGAAUUAUAUUAGUACAAGUUACAGGCAGGUAGCCAUGUUGGUCUGCCGUAGUCGAAACAAUAUAAAAAAUUUCCUUCCAGUAGCACCUUAGAGACCAACUAAGUUUGUUACUGGUAUGAGCUUUCGUGUGCAUGCACACUUCUUCAGAUACACUGAAACAGAAGUCACCAGACCCUUAUAUAUAGUGAGAGGGUGGGGAGGGGUAUUACUCAGAAGGGUGGUGGGAAUGGGUGAUUGGCUGAUGGGUGUGGUAAAUCUGUUGACGACUGUUAAUGACUGCAAUUGGUCUUACAGGAAAAAGCAAGGGGUGAGAUGGCUAAAAAUAGCUUUCUCAUGUGUAAUGAGAUAAGAAUCCAAUGUCUCUAUUCAGACCAGGUCUCUCUAUGGUUUUAAGUUUGGUAAUAUAUAUAUUACCAAUUUAUUUAUUUGUUUGUUUAUUUGUUUAUUUGUUUAUAUUAGAACAGAAAGGCAGUAAUGGUAAAAAGUUGGGGUGUGUGGGUGGGUGUUUUGUAUCUGGAAUAUUGAUUAUUGAUGCAGAGCUGAGAAGCCCAAAUUGAAUCUUAAUUCAGCAAGGCUAGAAUUGGGCAGCAAGCCAAAGGUGAUAUGUGGCUUCUUCUUUUUUAAGCCACCUUCUCUUUCCCUAGCGGUUCUUGCAGGAUCCUUAUGCUGCCACGUUCGGUGGCUUCUCCAAAGUCACCAACUUCUUCCGUGGGGCUCUGCACCAUGAGGAUGGCGUCAUCCAGCAUUCCCAUGGCGACCCAGCUGCUGCCAACGUUGAGGAUGAGACAGGCUUUGAAGUUAUCACCUGUGUGAGUGUUGGAACAGGUAGCUCCACCGUGGGGCGGUGGAGGGGGAGAGGAAUGGCACCCAGUGUAUGUGUGUUUGUGUGUGCUUCUCUGUAGGCCAAGAGAUCUUUGGCCAUCUUUCCUUACUCCCAGCCACCCGCUCACGCCUACUGGCCUAUGAUAGCAUCAGAGGUGACUAUUUGGGAGCGGUUGUGGGAGAAUGUGAGCAAGGAAAUGGGGGUGAAUGCCAGAGAGAUGGAGGGGUGGACAUGAGCCCCUUUGCAAGAAAGCUCUUUUCAUUGAGCGAGGACCAAGCAAUCCAUUCACACAGAGGCCUAAGGAGAUUUACGUCAUGCUCACCCCAAACCCACCACCAUCACACUACAACAUUACAAGGCAGGCUUGGUGGUUGAAGCAGUUAGCCUCGUCUAGAUGGUUUGUGCUGGUUAUGUGAGUGGGGCAAGGCCUCUGUUGACCUCAUUCUUCCUUGGAGCAGAAUCCAGGGCCUUGACCUUCCAUGUUCUGCAUGGAACCCUCGUGUUCUGCAGAAGCUUAUUGGGGAAUCUAAGGCAAGAGGAUCUGUAAGAGUGGGCAAACGUGUAAAAGUAAGCUUUCCACCAUUGCUGAUCUUCCUCCACAGCAUGCACCAAUCUGAAGUGAUUUCUGCUUGUCUUCUAGACCAGUUCUUCCCAAUUAGCUAAGUGCUGUGGACCCCCUGCUUUUCAAAAGCCAAGCCAUGGACCCCCACUUUUGAAAAUUCUGGUCUCUCUGUGGUAGUUUUUGUUGCGCUAUGGUAGUUGUUUUAUUAUGUGCCACGGACCCCCUGGGUAGGUUUUGCAGACUCCCUGGGUUCCGUGGAUCUCACCAUUUAGGAACCACUGGUCUAGACCCAAACGUAGGCAGGCACCCUAGAAAGUUUAUUCCAAUCCUUCCAGCGGUGCAGGGAUUUUUCAGCAGGCAUGCAUCAACAUAAACGAGAGGUCCCCUCCCCCUCACUUGCCACCCCUUUAUUUUCUCCAUACCCCUUGGGAGGUAUCUUUCCUUGACACUUCUUUUUAAGUUCCUUCCUCUUUUCUGCCCCGGCAGCAGGCACGGCUAGGAGAGCGUCCGUCUGUCCAGCGGGAGGCUCCCGUCUCGGAGCAGGAAUGGGAGCAGCACUUGGACCCAGAUGGGCGUGUGAGGGACCCCGUUGCCUUGCGCAGAAGGAUCUUCGCUGGGGUGAGGCCUGUGGGGAGGAGAGAGCGAGAGGCCGUUGUUUGCAGGGGGAAUUGGGGGUCUGUGCAGAAGCGCGAGUGGCUGCCUGUCAGGCCAGGGAUAUAUGCAGCGUGGGGCCGUGUUGGUUUCCUUCCCAAUUUCUUAGUGUCGUUCUUUGACACUUGGCCUAAUUCACCUUCUCUCCCCCCCUCCCCCCGGUGCUCCUCUUCCAGGGUCUCAACAUGUCAUCACGCAAAGAAGCCUGGAAAUGCCUUUUGGGCUAUUACUCAUGGGACAACACCAGUGAAGAGAACAAGGCACAAGUGAGGAGGAAAACGUAAGUCUGGGUCAGGGUUAUGGGGAAGCCAAAGGAGUACUGGAACUGGGGUUUGGAAGGAGGCGAUCAGUCUGUGGGUCAGCAUUUAAGCCUCUGAACUCUCUUAACAACUUCCUUCCCACGUGUGUCCACAGGGAUGAGUACUUCCGCAUGAAACUACAGUGGAAGUCGGUCAGCGAGGAACAGGAACAGCGGAACUCCUUGCUGCGUGGCUACCGCAGCCUGAUUGGUCAGUAUAAGUUCUGGCUCUUGUUCCUCAUUUGUUAGGAGUUCAACACCCCUCUUUGUCACAAGAUAUUUUCUUGCUUCGUUUUUGUUUUCCGUCCUCUUUCCCCUGCCUGACAGCACAGCCUUGUGUGCACACAGCAAGAGGUUGGCGAUCAUAAAAACACUUCGUGGUAACAAGUAGUCCAUAUGCAAGAGACCUGCUGGAUCAGUCCAAAGGGGUACCUAGUUUUUUGUCACCCUAUUUCCAGCAGUGACCGGCCAGAUAGAUGCGUUAAGAGAACCCUUCGCAGGAAGCGAAGGCAACAGUUCUCUCUAGCAACAGGAAUGCAAGAGGGGGAUAUACUGCUUCUGAGGAUGAAUGUUCUCUUUAGCAGUUGUGGCUAUUAGCUGAUAAAUGAGAGCAUUAAAACCCGUGCUCUAUGAAUCUAUCUUCCUUUCAAUGCCAUCUAAGCCAGCAGCCAGCACCACAUCUUGUGGCAGUAAAAUUCAUGGAUGAAUUAUGCAUUGUGUGAAGAGCCAUUUUCUUUUAUCCAUCCUGCAUCGAUUGCCAAUCAAUUUAAGUGACAUUUGCAUUCCAGGAUUGUGGGAGGAGGGGGAGAAUCUCGCUCUUUCUCUCUCUCUCCCCACAGAAUUCAUAACUUUAUAAACUUCCGUUUUGCUCCAAUCAUCUCUUUCUAAACUAAAUGGAUCCAAACACUUUUGUCUCAUCUCUUAGAGGAGGUACUUCAGCUCCUUUAUUUUUUGGCUGCUUGGCUUUUUGCACCUUUUCCUUCUCUAAAAUAGAUCUUUUCAAAGGACGGGACUAGCAAUGGAGGUGGGUCCUUUAGGGCAAAUGGAGCACUGCCCUGCCAAACUCAUUCUGCCCUUAGCUAGGACCCUGGAUGGGAACAAAACUAGACUGGGCAAAGGUCCUAGCACAAUAGUCAGAGCCUCUGUUUUGCAUGCAGAAGGUCCCACGUUCAAUCCCCAGUGUCUCCAGAUGGGGCCGGAAGAGAAUUUGGUCUGAAGCCACGGAGGGCUGCUGCUAGUCACUGUAGGUAGCUGCACCCGUGGACUGACCCUGCAUAAAGCACCUUCCUGUGUUCCCAAAAUCAGUUGGCUCUCAUUGGCUCUGAUUCCACCUGCUAUUGGUCUCCCCGUCUUCUGCCCCAUAAUGUGACCAUUCCAUAGACUUCCAUAAAGGUGUUAGGACAGCCAAGCUGUCUUACUUUCAAAACAUGGCGUUAAGUGUGCACCCCCCCUUUAAGGGGAAGUACCAUGACUUUAGCUUGGAGCUUUCUGCAUAAAAAGCCUUUGCUCUGCCACUGAGCUGGGGGCCCCUGGAGCUUUUCCUGGGGUUGUGCUUCUGCAGCUCCUCUCAGCUGUGUGUUGCUACUUUUUCUUGCUCAUUUGCCUCGUUACUGUCCUGUAUUCGCCAUCGCUUUGAGUGGCCUUUGGCAGAAAGGCAAUAAACGAGUUUUAUGGAUAAUUCGUGGGGGUGUCUGUCUGCCUUUGCAGAAAGAGACGUGAGCCGCACGGAUAGGAACAACAAAUUCUAUGAAGGCAGCGAGAACCCUGGCCUAGUGCUCCUAAAUGACGUGCUGAUGACGUACUGCAUGUACAACUUUGACCUGGGUGAGUCUGGAGGUGGGGAGGGAACGCUAGCAGUGUGCCAUUGUAGAACCAGCUCAGGUUCGGGAGUCUUUGGCUAGCUUGGCCUAUGAGGGCCCCUUAAUUACCGUGGGGGAGGGGAGUUGUAAUCCAAAAUCUCUGGAGGGCACCAGCACAGGGAAGACUGUUGCAGCCUUUUGCUAGUUUGGAGGGGGUAUGUACUAUCUCUGAUCUGGUCAUGCUAAGUGGCAGCAGAAUGCAUUCCAGAAUCUCCCAUGGUGUCCCAAGGGGCUUGUACUGUUUCAGAUGCUGCUACAUUCCCUUCUACCCCUCACUAGUCAAACCCAGAGAUUUUGGACCACAACUCCCAUCAGCCCCAGCUGGCGCUGCCAUUCUAUGCUGAUGGAAGUUGUAGUCCAUAGCAUCUGUAGCUCAACACAUUGGGGGAGGCUAGUCUGCAGUAAGAGUGCCUUUUGUGGAUGAUUCCCUUAAUGGUCUAGGCUACCCCAACAGUUGCCUGUUCUUGAUGAUCUUGGGCCCAAGUACUGCUGUGUGUAUUCUGUGCUAAAAUAAACCCAUCACCUGUUUUCAAGCUUCACACAGCCACGUGGACUAGAAACUUGACUCUAGUAUUCAUUCCCCCCCCCCCCAUGAAAAUGAAAACUGAAAUACUUGGGAUACUGAAUUCCAUGCUGAGAAGUAUGCACAAUGCAGACAGCCCUGCAGACUUCUCCAGCUAGUCUUUUAUGGGUCCUCUUAGCACUCUGAACCCUCACCAGUCCCGUAAUUGUAUCUCUCAUCCCGUCAUUCUGCAACACCCUAGUAGAAAGAGAAAAUAACUUGGUGGGCCUGCAGCUUCAACUGUAAAACCCAGUGGCUUCAUGUCUUUUGCUUCCUUGCACAGGCUACGUCCAAGGCAUGAGCGACCUCCUGUCCCCCAUUCUCUACGUCACCCAGAACGAAGUGGAUGCCUUCUGGUGUUUCUGUGGUUUUAUGGAGCUGGUGGUGAGUACAUGGCCUGGGAGAGCUCAGAAAGGGCCUUGCAGCUGUUCCAAAUGUCACCUUCUUUCCAUAAACUUGUCCGUGUACUCUCACUUUCUGCCCACAGCACCGCAAUUUUGAAGAAAGCCAGGAGUCCAUGAAGCGACAGCUGUCUCAGCUCAAUUUGCUCCUCAGGGUGCUGGACCCCCCACUCUGCGACUUCCUAGGUACUUGUGCGCCUAGUUCUGGGACUGCUGAAAGCUGGGUGGUUUUAACAUAUGUUGUCUGGAAAGGACAGGUCUCCUGUUUGCGGGUGCUUGUUUUUAAUAAUGAAAUAUAGUAGGUGAAUUUGGAGCCCCCAAUUAUUCAGGUCCACAAACUGAGCUCUUGGCUACAAAAUCACCACUUUCUUUGCUUUUUACUUUUCUUCACUUCCCCAGCUUUGUAUAACAUCUUACCUGAUGAAGAGUUCUGGAUAACUCAAAAGCUUGCCACAGUUGUGUGUCAUUUUGACUGGUUUCAAUAAAAGGGUGUAGGUAGGGGUUCAAUUAAUUAUUUGGGGGCUCUUUCAUUUAGUCUCUGGCUAAUUCCUUUGAAAGCUUAAAGGAAGCAAAGACUGAAGCAAGUGAGGCAUUUCUUAAUCUUUGGAAUUCUUGAUUGUAUAAAACAAUCUGUUACUGACUCCUCCUGCCCUUCUUGGCUACUUCUCUCAGACUCUAAGGAAUCUGGCACCUUCUGCUUCUGCUUCCGAUGGAUCUUGAUCUGGUUCAAGAGGGAAUUUGCCUUCUCUGAAAUUCUUCAGCUAUGGGAGGUGAGACUGAAUUAAGAGAAAUGGGUUUGUUUUUGUUUGUUUUGUGUGGGGAGAGGAUCUCUGCCUGGGGAAAACAUAAGUUACAUUGUUAUAAUGGGAUUUCAGCAUUGGAAAGGCAAGAAAAAUGGGAACAGGAGAGAGUAUAAUCAGACUUCUGGUUUGCAAUAUUGGGGUUUGAAAGUAGAGAAGGCAGCGGGGGGGGGGAUGUUUUCUGAAGAACGCAGCCUCAGCCAGUUUGGCUAAUGGUAAGGCAUGAUUGCUGUUGUCCAGUGGUUUCCAACCAGUGUGCCGUGGCACCUUGGGGUGCUGUGAAUGACAGUCAGGGGUGCCGCAGGCAACACUGGCCUCUGUCCCUUUUUCCUUCCCUCCCUCCUCUGAUACCCUCUUGUGUCUCUGCCUCCCAAAGGCUUGCACAGCUGUUCGUUGCAGUAGCCCUGGCUACAAGCUCCCCAGGCAAAUGGUGCAUCUGGGGCUGGCCAGGGGGCGCUUCCCAGGUCCCUGUGGGGCAGUGUGAGGAGGUACCUCUCUUUGGGGCGGGGGCAGCUCAGAGACCAGGGGCAGCAGCUGCGGCUGCCCAGAGGACUCCUAAGGAGAGGAGGCUGAGGCAGCACUCCACAUGGGAGGGUGUUUGAAAAAAGGUGAAAGGCUGUGAGCUCUGCAGGCAGGGGGUGACAUAACGGCUCCUGAGCCCCACAGGGGUGCCGCAGAAAGAAUGUAAUUGGUCAAGUGAGUCAUGGGCUCACAAAGGUUGAAAACCUCUGCUGUAGUCUGUCAACAUCUGGAGGGCCACAGGUUCCCCCUUCCCAGUCAUAUACAGUUCCCAGGUGGUCUUCAUCUAAGUUCUGGCCAGGCCUGGAUGUAUUAAGCUUCAGCAAAGUAACUGCAUUCUAAGCCUUCCAGCCAAAUGUUUCCACAAGCCACUUGAGGGCUGCAUCCUCAUAGUGCUCCACAGGGAUGCCAGCAUCCUUCUUACUUCUCUUGACCACAAUCCCCUAGCCGUCGGGCUAUAUAUACCAGGAAGGGCCGUAGCUCAGUGGUAGAACAUCUGCUCUGCAUACAGGAGGUCCCGGCUUAAAUCUGCAGGUCAGACUAGGAGAGAAUCCUGCCUGAAAGAGCUUCUGCCAGUCAGUGUAGACAGUACUGAGGUAGAUGGACAAAUGGUCUGUCUCAGUGUAAGGCAGCUUCUUGUGAUCCUGUCUAUAAGAGGCAACCCUUAGUUAUCGCUGGGUGGGUUUAGUUCUGUGGGCAUGUUGGCUUUCCAUGAGCCCCUUGGUCUCCUCAGUCUAUGGUUAGCUGAACAGAACUGCCUGGCACAUCCUGUAUCUUCACUUUGAGCAUGGGGGUGAAGUGCUCGUGGCACGCAAGCUGAGAGGUACUCCUUGGCACACCCAAAAUGUCACGUAGGAUCUCUAGGAGGACCACCUGGACUGUGCGCUGCAGCCAUUUGCCAGGGGUGAGCGCUAUAGGUGCAGUUUCAGGCCAACAGGAUAUUGAGAACUUGGAAGGAAUAUUUGGGAGUGCCUGUGAGUUGCUUGUGUGUGCCUGGACAGUACAGAUGGUAGAGCCCAGCUGUCUCAUCUAUGGGUUCCUUGGGAAGACCUUUGCCCUCUUCCUUCCCCUCAAACCCCAAAGAUCAUCUGGUAAACUGGAUCAGAUGGUUAUCCAUCCAGUAACUAGUUUUACCACUGGAACUAGUAAAUACAGCCUAAAACAAAUCAGAUGUCUUUAGCUGCAGAGCCUUGCUACAGCCAUGAGGAAUAGUUGCUUUGGUUUAGAGGUCCGGGUUAUUUAUAGCUCCUCCAGCUUUCAGUUUCUAACCACCUAGUUCUAAAAAAGGUUCCAUGCCUCCCCUUUUGUCUCCCAGAUCAGAACAAGCCUAGUUAUUUGAACCAUGUACUUAAGCUUUUUAAAAAAGUCACUAAGUAUGCAAGGUUGUGUUCAGGAAACAAAAAAAUUAAAGCAAAAUGUUGUUUCUCACUUAAUUCCUGCCCUAGAUGAAGCAGGCAGGUGCUGCAACUUAUUUGGUUGCAGGCGAGCCGUAUCAGGGAGCAGACGUAGAAAUCUCAUUGUCCCUCUUUUUCUUUGACGGAGGAGUGCUGCGUGAGCAUCUUGCUAAAGCUGGUUUACUCUAACCUGAGCUGUGUUCUUGUCUGGGGCUUAGUUCGAGGACACAGCAUGACCUGGGAAGCCCAGGCUUCUAGCCAGCCAAUACAUAUCAGGGAUGACUUCCAGCUUCUGGGACGUCGCCCACCAGCAGCUACAAGCAGCAUGUCCCAUUAGAAAUAGAUUCACUCUGGCUAAUGCAGAGCCAGACAUUAGCAGAGGAUUACACCCGGGAGUAUGGUACAGAACACUCCUGAUAAUGGGUUAUGGCGUGCUUCCUCAAUCCAUGUGCCGUGUGUCUGUCCCUCUGAUCCCAGGUGCUGUGGACGGGACUGCCUUGCCCCAAUUUCCACCUGCUGGUGGCUUGUGGCAUUCUGGAUGCAGAGAGGCAGGCACUCAUGAACUCUGGCUUUGGCUUCAAUGAGAUCCUGAAGGUGAGCACUGUGGAGCUUGGGGGCCUAACUCUUGCCAUGUGUGGGUUUGUGUGGGCUGAGGACAGAGAUGGGGAAGCUGUGGCCCUCCAGUAGCUGCUGGACUCCCACUCCCAUCAGCACCAGCCAGCUUGACCAACGGUCAGGGACAGUGGGAGUGGUUCAGCAACAUCUGGAUGACUGCAGAUUCCCCAUGCCUGCUCUAGUACAUUAAGCCAUGCAAUAUUCGUAGGUGGUUGUUUUUUCUUUAAAGAAGCAAAAGGUGAUUUAUGCGCUACACCUGCUUCUGAAAAGUAUGGUCAGGGUUGCUCUGAAGGCUCAAAAGCCAAAACAACCAAGGGCCCCAUUCAUUCUCCCGCACUUCCUGCCCUCCUCGUGGCUCUUCGUUUUCUUGGGCCCGGCUCCAUUCUGCCAGCUCCAAUCUGCCUUUGCACCACACUGCAAAGUUCCUGCUGAACGCUUAGAUAGCAGGCGAGCCAUAAUACGACCCAUCUGUUUGGUUAAGGAGCAAUGCUCAUCUUUCCCCCCACAGAUCUCAGUCUUCCCCAGGAGCACCUUGAGCCUGGCCCUUUGCCUUUCUGUAUACCUGGCUUUCCUCUGUAAGGCUUUCCCAGUCCACUUUGCAUAGCACAUUCCUGACUAAUGCCACUUGUAUUUUUCCAGUUGUAGCAUUAUAACUGGAACCUAUUUUCCAGAAAUAUAUAAUCAACCCUUUGCCACAACCUGCCCUUCUCUCUCUCUCUCUCUCUCUCUCUCUCUCUCUCUCUCAAAAAAAGUGCAUUUCUUUGUGUGUUUCCCCCCUCCUCUUUGUUGUUCCUAGUUAGCCUUCUGAGUUUCUUGAUUUCUGUGUCUGCAUUUUCACAGCACAUCAAUGAGCUUACCAUGAAGAUGAGUGUGGAAGACAUCUUAUGCCGGGCUGAGGCGAUCUACAGGCAGCUGGCAGCUACUCCAGUGAGUCUUGCGCUCCCCCCGCCCCCCAGUCCAGCAUGAAUGAAGACCUCUGUACCUUGGUAUCCUCUGAGGAGGCGUGGAGCCUCUAAGCAUUCCUUAAUGCUGCACACCCUGGGCAAGCCAACAGUCCUCUGUCCUUACCCUUGGCCACCUCAUAGCAAAACGGAUACAUAAAAUAAUCAUGAUCUAGCUAGCAAGCUUCUGCGAGUGAACAAGGUAGCAAGCAUCUCGCUUGCUCAGGGAGACACAUUAAGCAAAAUGGAAAUGCAGAUGGUUCCCCUUGUGGCUUCAAAAUAUAGCGCUACUGAGAGCAGAUUUAAACACAAGGGUUGCCAAAUGGGAGGCCCCAAAACUCAGCACAGUAGGCCCUCCAUGCCAUGCAUGUCAUCUUUCCUUACAAACAAAAAUGCUUGCUGCCUGGAGUGUUGCUGACUAGGGAGCCAGCCAGCUAUACCCUUUCCCAGGGUACUCCAUUGCCACACACCCUGGUAUCCCUCCCCUACCCCUCCAGUAGUAAGUCAGUAUUCUGUGUCCGAUGAGCAUUCUCAGUCCUUAUGAUGUUGUUUUUUGAGGGUUUUCCCUGUUUUGGGAGGAGACCCAAAGAAUGUUGUUUGCCACUGGAACAUAGACUCUGGGUAUUGGACCCCUGUUAACUUUCCCCACUGUUAUCUGCAUGCUGGAAGUUUAAGCUGGGGUGCUGAAGACACUGCUCAGGAAACACACGCAGUUUGGCAUUUCAUACCAUACGUAAUCUACAGAAUUCACUGCCCCUAGGAUGAGGUGAUGAUACCCUACACACUGGCUGGUGUAGAGUGGUUCUAUCAACCAUGGCCAGGAGCCAUGAUGACUAAGGGAAGCCUCCACAUUCAGAGGGAGCGUGAAAACCAGUUGCUGGGGGACCCUGCAGGGGAGAGGGCUGCUGCCUCCAGGCCCUGCUUGAGGGUUGCCAGAAACAUCUGGUUGGCCAUUGGGCAAUAAAGAACCCUGGAUUAGAUUGACAUUUGGUCUUGAUCCCGCAGGAAUCUUCUUAUGUGCCACACUUCAAGGGUUUGGUUUUUGUUGUUGCUUUUUUGUACAUCUUAUUAAAGGAAGCUAAAAUAAUGAAUUCGGCUCUAAGGGCACAUUUGCUGGUGGUUCUCCAAGGUCUCAGACAGAGGUCUUUUCUCUUGCUACGUAUUUGAUCCUUUCAGCUGGAGAUGGCAGUCAUUGAACUUGGGGGUUUUCGGUCUGCAUGUGGUCCCAGCCUUCAUAUGCCACUGAAGCUGUGUGAAACCGAGCCACACCACUGUGGCAGUGUGCUUUUGAAUCGGGUGUGAGCCAGAGGGGAUAACUUUUCCUAACAAAUCAAAUCUCUGUUUUCCCUUUCUCCCAGGAUUUACCCCGUAAUGUCCAGGAAUUGCUGGGGCUCUCUGAGGGCAAAUCUCCAACUCCCAGCACUGACACAGCCAGCUCCCCGCAGCCGCUGUCACCCAGCCAGGCCCAGGAGAUGGAGCUGACGGACAGUGUUUCCCCAAGCCAGCCAGACAGCAGCAUCGAAAUCCUGCCUACUGAGGAGGCCUCCACCUCGCAGUCUCUCUCUCCUUGAAAACCUGUUGUUGUUGCUGCUGCUGCUGUUGCUGCCACCACCACCAUCUUCUUAACACAAGCACUUUAACCAGAUAAGGGUGAGGGCUGGGAAGGGUGGCAGAGUAGAGGCUUUGGGAUGUGUGUUUUUUUUUCCUCCCUGGGGUUUAAUUAGUCAAACAAACAUCACCUCUAAAGGCAACUAGGGCUUGGGAACGGCUGUGUUCUUCCAGAGUUCCCCAGUGCUCAGUGUGCCUUUCCCACAAUGCACUGGGGCACGGCCAUCUCUUAGAAUGCGGAAGGGCUCGCUUUUGAGGUCAACUUCCUUCCCGGGAUGUGCAGAGACAGAAAGGAGCAAGUUGAAGGCCUCCAUGCCUUUCUCUUCCACUUUGGGUUCUGAAGUGUUGCAGCUGAGUCUCCUAAAUUCUCCCUUCCGUUCCCGCUGCCUUUUUUCGUGACGUACCUGUUUUGCUUCUAUGUCAUGCGCACCUCCCUCUGUGGCAUUUGGGGCUUGUCUACUAAGCAUCAAUCUGAUGGCGACAUCUUUAUUAUUAUUUUUGUUACUGUUUCCGGUUGCUAAUGAAACCUGUGCCUCAGCCCACAAAAGCUAGGAAACACAAGUUCUUUGGCAAAGAGAAAAGAGGGGCAGCAGAUCAGAGCAACUGGAAAUGAGGAAUCCUUAGCAAGAGGCUAGUUGGUGGGGGGAGGCUUGGUUCUCGCUGAGAAGAACAUGGAGUCGGUGGUUACGGCAGCGGAGGCUGCAAGGCAGAGCUCUUAGUUCCUUGGUCCUUUGCCAGGGAGUUCCUGUUGACGUAGCUCCUUGUGCUUCCCUCCCUUGGCUGGAAGAUUGUCUCCCUCCCUACUUGCCGCAUUCCUUUUUUUAGUGGGUUGCCUAUGAACUGACAAUAGUUGGAGAUACGAGGGGAAAGGAUCUCUGAUUUUGUUCUUCUGUGCCUCUCCAGCCUAGUGGGUUCGAUGCUUUGUCUGCAUAUGCCCCACUUCUGAUUAUUGAACUGCAUCCUUCUCGGCCCUUACCUUGGCUCCUUCAUUUCCUUUAUAACAUAACAUUAAAAAUGUAGUGUCACUCAUUGGUGUUUCUGUAUCUUGGAUGAAAAACUGCUCCGAGCUGCUCAUGUUGGAUAGGCUGAGCUGAGAGGUGUGAGGGAAUGAAGGGGCGGGAGUGUUUGACAUCCGUUUCCCCUUUCUUCCUAAAAUGCUAUGCUGCACUGACCUCUUGUCUCCCACAGUGCAUAUGCCUGCGUUGCUUAUUUAAAACUAGUUUGAUCCCUUGGUUCUCCCAAAGAUCCCUCAAUCAUCAAAGUGCCGCUCCUUCCAGAAUUGGAAUUCCCAGGCUACCCAAAACAGAAGCCCACAAUAGCUUUGCCUACUUGCAGCUAGGGUACACCUGUGUCUUAGUGCAUGUAGAAAACCACGGAGUCUGUGUGAGACCACGACAUGUCAUUUUGCCUUAGGAAGUGUUUCGCAAACUUGGGUCUCCAGCUGUUGCUGGACUACAACUCCCAUCGUCCUUAGCCACCAGGGCCAGUGGGUAAGGGAUGAUGGGAAUUGUAAUCCAACAACAACUGGAGACCCAAGUUUGGGUAAAGUAUGCCGUAAAGUAUGGUAGAUGAGGUGGUUUUUCACUCAUUUCUGCCCCCUAGUGUGGGUGCCUCCACACCUCUAAACAAAGCAAGAGCCAGCCUAACCUCCCAAGUGGUAAGUGAGAUCAUAUUACCCUGCCGCUGUGUUUUCAGUGUAGAUUCAAUGGUCUCGGCUGUUGGUUGUCACUUGGAACAUAGGAAACCCUUCCAAUAUACUGCCUGGCAGUGGCCCUCCAGGCUUCAGGAAGGCGCUUCUCUGUCCUGACUGGAGAUGCCAGGAACUGAACUCGAGUCCUUCUGCAUACAAAGCACAUGCUCUGCUACUGAGCUAUGACCCCUCCCCAGCUUCCACGGAACUCAUGGAUUUUAACCCCUGCAGUACCAAAUGUUUUUGUCUUAAAAGGUAAAGGGACCCCUGACCAUUAGGUCCAGUCGUGGAUGACUCUGGGGCCUUACUGCUUAAUAAAGCCUAUCUGUUGUUAUUGGACUCUUAUGGGGGAGAAUGGAAGACCUAGCUAAGAGUCCUGGGUUCAGGGAAGGGGGGAAAAGGCAAUCUAGAAGGAAUGUGGGGUUUCUGAUAAGAAAGGACUUGGAAACUAGAGCUGUUGCCUUUGGCCUGUAUGGUUGCACUGGGAGGUCAAAAUAGGUCAAAUACUCCAGAGAAGGGAUUUAAAUUAUGUAGUGUAUAAUGAGAUAAAACUUGAGCCCUAAAGCUUCUAAUUCCUAGCCUUCUGUGUCUGAGGCCUCGGGCCAGAGCCUUGUUAGAAUAAAAUUAUAAACUCAAGCCAAAAAGCAGGGGGCCCUGGUCAGCUUAGUUGUCCGAGGCCCAGAGCAAGUGUAUCUGGCUGCCCGCCCCCCUACUCUGCAUGGGCCUGAUUUCUAGUGCCACUAAGAUGCUUGAAAAGAAAAGCAGGCAAGGAACCACCCAAGCUUUGCAAGCAUGGUAGGUUUCCAUCAAAAAGGCCAUGUGGGUUUGUUUGUUUGAAAAAGAGUGUACAGUGGUAAUUCGUUCUGGAGGUCCGUUCUUAACCUGAAACUGUUCUUAACCUGAAGCACCACUUUAGCUAAUGGGGCCUCCUGCUGCUGCUACACCCGCCGGAGCACGAUUUCUGUUCUCAUCCUGAAGCAAAGUUCUUAACUUGAAGCAUUAUUUCAGGGUUAGUGGAGUCUGUAACCUGAAGCAUAUGUAACCCGAGGUACCACUGUACUGUAUAUGUUUUGCUGCUCAUCAUUCCAGAAGAUUGGCGCCAAAAGAGCCCUUGGAUAUUGGGAUAUUCUCUGGAUGGGAUGUGGGUGUACAAGAGCUAGACGGAAAGGCCACGGGAGGCUUGGAAAGGAGGCUGUGGGACCCAGGAGAGGGAGGACAGUUGUUGGGAGAGGUGGCCUCUCCAUAGCUAUUUUGGUUGGCAACUGGGAGGAGGGGCAGGGGAGAGCAGAUGGUACAUUCUCAGGAGACUGAUUUGGCCCCAGGGCCAUCCAGUUGCUAACCCUUGCGUGUUCAAGCUGCUGUCCGAGAGUGGCCUAGUUGCAUGUGUCCGUGUUGCAGAAAGAGGGCAAGCUUCAGCCUCUGC